CACCGGCAUUACAUGACGUCACAUAACAAUGAAAGAAAAAUGGACGACAAACCGUACGGGUAUUGUUUUCAAAGACUCAUUUGUGUGUUUAUUGCAGUUCUGAUACUGCCGCAGACAACGCCGUUGGGUACUGAUGAAAAUGUGGAACAUUUGUUUGGAAUGUCAGCAAGAAACGAAUCUAAUGAGGUGCAGGAUCUCGGAUGCCGCAGUCCGGAGGGGACGACGUUCACGGUGAAGGCGGAGGGGGGCAUGACGGCGUUGUGGUGUGUCGUCAACUGCUGGAAAAAAAAGUACAAGUAUGCUGUAAUCCAGAACGGCAAGAAGUGCAUGUGCUCUCACACCCAGAGCAAGGUCGUAGACAAGAACGAAUGCAACAUCGUCUGUCCGGGUUCAAAGAAACAGGUCUGCGGGGGCAAAAAGGUGGCGUCUGUCUUUUUCACAGGUCUGGUGAAGCUGGACUUGGAAAAGCUCCACAAGCUGUACACAUCUAGCCGCGUCGUGUUCAACCGGAACAAGUCAAAUAUGACUGGGGAAAUGGCUGCCUAUGACAACUUGGGCCCGUGUGUGAGUGUAACGCCACACAGCUCCCUAUCCUUCACUACGGACCUCAUGUCAAAGGAGAUGUGUGUCGUCCACUGCUUCCACUACAAGUUCAUCUAUGCCAUGCUCUCGGCUGGCGUGAGGUGCACGUGUGUGUCAGCGCUACCCAAGGACGCCAAGGAGUUCACGAACACGCGGGACAUCUGCAGAGCGCCGUGCCGCGGGAACAAGAAGGACUCCUGUGGGACCAGAGACGGGACAUCCUACAACGUCUGGCUGACAGGCCACUACAACGAGAAAGACCACCUCAGUCAAGAGGACUAUCGACCAGUCAACGCCCUCAAUCAAGGAUGGAAAAGUUACCUGCUGAUACACCCCGAUGCCGCCAAGGAACUGACCAAACUGGGCAUCAACGAUGGCCCAACAACACCCCCUCCCACCAAACCGCCGACUUCAGAAGGGAACGACGGUGACGUCGAGGUGGAUGAAAACGACUUGACUGAUGAAGACAGAAGCGGUGCGUCGGGGGUGCUGGCAGGGGCGGUCAUAGCAGGCUUGGUUGCUGCGAGUGCCGUGCUGGGCCUCGUCUUGUAUCUCAGAAGGUCAACGUAUUCCAAUCCUUAUGGGUCGAAGGAGGAUCGUGAAGACCACAAGCUCCUGGCGGAACGGAUGGGUCGGAGUCCGACCCAGUCGAGGACCGAAGGCUGGGGGGGCUUCGACGGCGAUGUAUCGGAGAACGCCCUGCCCGCCAACGACGAUGAUGAUGAUGACAAUGUUGCUCGUGACGAAGGCGAUGAGGAGGAUGAGAGUUUUGCUAAUGAAAAAUGAUGACAAAACUUUAUGUUCAUUGAUGAGCUUGACUCAACCAUCUGGCUCCAUGUUGAUGUAUGGUUGUGAACAGUACCAUGCAUAGAACAGAGAUGUCCCUAUGUAAUUAGUGCCACAUGUAGAAUAGAGAUGUCCCUAUGUAAUUAGUGCCAAAUGUAGAACAGAGAUGUCCCUAUGUAAUUAGUGCCACGUGUAGGACAGAGAUUUCCCUAUGUAAUUAGUGCCACGUGUAGGACAGAGAUUUCCCUAUGUAAUAAGUGCCACUUGUAGAACAGAUUUCCCUAUGUAAUAAGUGCCACGUGUAGAACAGAGAUGUCCCUAUGUAACUAGUGUCACGUGUAGAACAGAGAUGUCCCUAUGUAAUAAGUGCCACGUGUAGAACAGAGAUGUCCCUAUGUAACUAGUGCCACGUUUAGAACAGAUGUCCCUAUGUAAUUAGAGCCACGUGUAGAACAGAGAUGUCCCUAUGUAAUUAGUGCCACGUGUAGAACACAGAUGUCCCUAUGUAAUUAGCACCACGUGUAGAACAGAUUUCCCUAUGUAAUAAGUGCCACGUGUAGAACAGAGAUGUCCCUAUGUAACUAGUGCCACGUGUAGAACAGAUGUCCCUAUGUAAUAAGAGCCACGUGUAGAACAGAGAUGUCCCUAUGUAACUAGUGUCACGUGUAGAACAGAGAUGUCCCUAUGUAAUUAGUGCCACGUGUAGGACAGAGAUGUCCCUAUGUAAUAAGAGCCACGUGUAGAACAGAGAUGUCCCUAUGUAACUAGUGCCACGUGUAGAACACAGAUGUCCCUAUGUAAUUAGUACCACGUGUAGAACAGAUUUCCCUAUGUAAUUAGUGCCACGUGUAGAACAGAGAUGUCCCUAUGUAACUAGUGUCACGUGUAGAACAGAGAUGUCCCUAUGUAAUAAGUGCCACGUGUAGAACAGAGAUGUCCCUAUGUAACUAGUGCCACGUGUAGAACAGAUUUCCCUAUGUAAUAAGUGCCACGUGUAGAACACUGAUGUCCCUAUGUAAUAAGUGCCACGUGUAGAACACAGAUGUCCCUAUGUAAAUAGUACCAGUGUAGAACAGAUUUCAGUAUGUUAUUAGUACGUGUCGGACAGAAAUGUUAUGGCAACCCAUGUAAGCAACAGGUAAGUAUGUUUUUAUCAAUGAUCUGAGUGUAUCACUUCUACAAGGUUACGGUUGAGAUGUGGAGCAGCAGUGUUGCUGGACAGAGCAAUGGCUUCCAAACCGAUUGACAAGAUGUAUAGUCCUGCUUGUACAUAUCCAAUAAACUGAAGAUGCUAAGCCA